GCGGCAACGGCUGCUGCUGCUGCUGCUGCUGCGUGGACCCUGCUUCCUGUUUGCCCUCCGCGGCUCGGGCUGCAAUGGAAGAGGAAGAGGAGGCAAUAGGCUUUUUGGACAAGGUUCUAGAGGAUGAAGAUGUGUUUCUUCUGGAGGAAUGCGAGCUGGGAACCCCGACCAGCCCUGGCUCAGGGUCCCCCUUCUUGGUGGCUGUGAAGGUGGAAGCAGGGAAGGGCCUAGAGAUGAGGAAGCUGGUCCUCUCAGGGUUCCUGGCCAGUGAAGAGAUCUACAUUAACCAGCUGGAAGCCCUGUUGCUGCCCAUGAAACCCCUGAAGGCCACAGCCACCACCUCCCAGCCUGUGCUGACCAUCCAGCAGAUCGAGACCAUCUUCUACAAGAUCCAGGACAUAUACGAGAUCCACAAAGAGUUCUAUGACAACCUCUGCCCCAAGGUGCAGCAAUGGGACAGCCAGGUCACCAUGGGCCACCUCUUCCAGAAGCUGGCCAGCCAGCUUGGAGUGUACAAAGCGUUUGUGGAUAACUAUAAAGUUGCUCUGGAGACAGCUGAGAAGUGCAGUCAGUCCAACAACCAAUUCCAGAAGAUCUCCGAGGAACUCAAAGUGAAAGGUCCCAAGGACUCCAAGGACAGCCACACGUCAGUCACUAUGGAAGCUCUGCUCUACAAGCCCAUUGACCGAGUGACCAGGAGCACCCUGGUCCUGCAUGACCUGCUGAAGCACACACCUGUAGACCACCCAGACUAUCCGCUGCUACAGGAUGCCCUCCGCAUCUCCCAGAACUUCUUGUCCAGCAUCAAUGAGGACAUUGACCCCCGCCGGACUGCAGUCACAACUCCCAAAGGGGAGACGCGGCAGCUGGUGAAGGACGGCUUCCUGGUGGAAGUGUCGGAGGGCUCCCGGAAGCUGCGGCACGUCUUCCUCUUUACAGACGUCCUCCUGUGUGCCAAGCUAAAGAAGACCUCUGUGGGGAAGCACCAGCAAUAUGACUGCAAAUGGUACAUCCCCCUGGCUGACCUCGUGUUUCCAUCCCCCGAGGAGUCCGAGGCCAGCCCCCAUGUGCACCCCUUCCCAGACCACGAGCUGGAGGACAUGAAAAUGAAAAUCUCCGCCCUCAAGAGUGAAAUCCAGAAGGAGAAAGCCAACAAAGCACAGAGCCGGGCGAUUGAGCGCCUGAAAAAGAAGAUGUUUGAGAAUGAGUUCUUGCUGCUGCUCAAUUCCCCCACAAUCCCGUUUCGGAUCCACAAUCGGAAUGGAAAGAGCUACGUGUUCCUGCUGUCCUCGGACUAUGAGAGGUCAGAGUGGAGAGAAGCAAUUCAGAAACUACAGAAGAAGGAUCUCCAGGCCUUUGUCCUGAGCUCAGUAGAGCUCCAGGUGCUUACGGGAUCCUGUUUCAAACUUAGGACUGUACACAACAUUCCUGUCACCAGCAAUAAAGAUGAUGACGAGUCUCCAGGACUCUAUGGCUUCCUUCAUGUCAUCGUCCACUCUGCCAAGGGAUUUAAGCAGUCAGCCAACCUGUACUGUACCCUGGAGGUGGAUUCCUUUGGCUAUUUUGUCAGCAAGGCCAAAACCAGGGUAUUUCGGGAUACGACAGAGCCCAAGUGGGAUGAGGAGUUUGAGAUUGAGCUGGAGGGCUCUCAGUCCCUCAGGAUCCUGUGCUACGAGAAGUGCUAUGACAAGACCAAAGUCAACAAGGACAACAACGAGAUCGUGGACAAGAUCAUGGGCAAAGGGCAGAUCCAGUUGGAUCCACAAACUGUAGAAACUAAGAACUGGCACACAGAUGUGAUUGAAAUGAACGGGAUCAAAGUGGAAUUCUCCAUGAAAUUCACCAGCCGAGACAUGAGCCUGAAGAGGACUCCAUCCAAAAAGCAGACUGGCGUCUUCGGUGUGAAGAUCAGUGUGGUGACUAAGCGGGAGCGCUCCAAGGUGCCCUACAUCGUCCGGCAGUGUGUGGAGGAGGUGGAGAAGAGGGGCAUCGAGGAGGUCGGCAUCUACCGGAUAUCAGGGGUGGCCACAGACAUCCAGGCGCUGAAGGCCGUCUUUGAUGCCAAUAACAAGGACAUCCUGCUGAUGCUGAGUGACAUGGACAUCAAUGCCAUCGCCGGCACCCUCAAGCUCUAUUUCCGGGAGCUGCCCGAGCCCCUCCUCACAGACCGACUUUACCCUGCCUUCAUGGAGGGCAUUGUAACCUCCAGGCCAAGGGUCUGGAGUUCCAAGGGGCUGCUACAAAAUGACUUUUUUCCCCCUCCCCUCACUUUCAGGGUUGCUGAGAAGGAGCCCAUCAACAAAAUGUCCCUUCACAACCUGGCUACUGUGUUUGGCCCCACGUUACUGAGACCCUCAGAAGUGGAAAGCAAAGCACACCUCACGUCAGCUGCCGACAUCUGGUCCCAUGAUGUCAUGGCACAGGUCCAGGUCCUCCUCUACUACCUGCAGCACCCCCCCAUUUCCUUCGCAGAACUGAAGCGGAACACACUGUACUUCUCCACUGACGUGUAGCCCCAGGUGGGAGCAGCUGUGAGGGGUGGCCCAAGCCAGCCUCUUCAGCCGGGAGACCCGACACAGACUUGAAAGACUACAAUAGGAAACUCCCAAACCCAGCACUCCAGACUCCAAGGGACGCAGAAUUCCAAGAACUGGAAUAUGUGCAUCUUUUGUGCCACCUUGUACAAAGCCAGCUGACCCAGCCCCCAGCCUCACCGCCACACCCCGGGCUCCUGCCCUCUGUACCUCUAGUUGUGUCUAAUGCCCCACGUUGUUCGGGAAUUGUUUUAUGUCUGUUUGUCAUGCAGAAAAGGUAGUGACCGACCUGAUAUGGACACACAGACGGCCUGCUUUGUUCUUUCAUUUCUUCCAACACUUUCUUUCCUCCUGAGUCCAGUCCAAGGGCUUUUAUUUGGCGCUCUGUAACUGCUGCCAGCUUAUCCUCUCUUGGCCCUGCUCCCAGAUUGCAGUCUCUCGGCAGCCUCCCCUCCCUCCCAGCCUGCCCGCAUGCAUGUGCAGCCUUGGUUUUUGCUCCAUCACCUUGAAAGUUCUGAGGAGGCCCUGGGUGGCGGUGGCCAUGGUGGCCCAUCAGAUGCUGCCACGUGCUGCCCCCUCCCAGCCCUCUCCUUGCCCUCCACCUGUGGAAGCACACCUGCUUUGCCUUGCUGCUUGUGCAAAUGUUACACAAGGAGACAGAUUCACAUUAAUCCUCAGCUUAGCACAGAGCUGGAGCCAGAUUUCUAGAAUUUUCCACCUGAGAAUCUCCAUUUCUGGGGUUUAGCUGUUCUGUCUCCUGCCCACCAAUAAGGCAUCUUGACUGUUUCUUCUACGGCUUUUCAGUUCCUUUUCCCCUGGUGUUCUAUUUCCUUUGAGUGUGAAAACUCCCAAGUGACCUGCUAUCGAGAUAGCCAGAGGGUCAGGAAGGAAUCUGGGAAGCAGAGGAGGCAGCGGCUGAGGAAGCAAGACCAUUUGAACAUUCAGAGGAGCGCCAUGCAGCACUAGGUGUCCUGAGUCGGGGGAAGCAGCUCUUAGCAGCAAGGAGUUGUAGUGACUUUUCUAGCUGAGCCAAGGCUUCUAGGAGGGCAACUAAUAUGGCUGAAGCAGGUAUCCAGACACCGGCAGGCUCCAUCCGGGAGGCUAGCCCUUCCUGGCGCCUCAAGUACCUCCUGGUACCUUCCUUUGCCUUAGAUUUUACACACAUUCUCCGCAGCCAAGCACUGCCAUGGGGCAGCCCCACGGCCACAUGUGCUCCAGGGCCUGGGAAAGGCAGGCACAGUCCAGCAGUAGCCAGCCGUCAUGGUGCUGCCUCCCCACCCCUGCCUUCUAGAUGCAGCCUUUCAGAUGAACUCUAGGAAACUCCAGAAUUUGAGAGAAAGAUGGGGAGUCACAGGCACCUGCCUCUCCUGAGAUGGGGUUUUACUGAGGGCCCUCAUUGUUGACAUUCUGCUCCAGAGUCGGGGAUCAGCAGGUCCCAUUUCCAACUUUGAGACCCAUUGCUCGGUACUGGAAAGGAGUGAAAAAUAUCCUCAACUACUCGUUUCUUCCCAUGUGAGCAGCAGCUGCCAGCCUAUGAUGGUUAGCCUGGAACGGCAGACACUCCCAGGCUGCAGGGGCUUGAGCUGUAGUACAAGCUCCCUGGUUCUUGUGAUUCUACACCCUCAGGAUUGGAAAGAAUGGCUUCCAUAGCUUGAGCUCAGGGCUAAGUUUUGAAGAAGGGUUUGCUAGCCCUAAAGCUGUAGCACUUCCUCAGUGAGAGGCAAGGCCCCUUUUGAUCUUGUUUACACCUGUUGCCCAAUCUUGGGCAGAACGGUACACAUUCUGUGCACAUCGGAGGAAAGAGAUGCCCAAACGGAGGGAAAUGCCACCUCACUGCCAAUUAGCAGCUUAGCUAAGAGCCCUUUCUCCCUGGGACAGGAGGUGGACAAAGAACUUGAGUGUAAAGAUCCCAGCACCUGACCGGCCCUGGAGUCUCAGCACUCGGGAGUUGGUAUGUGGCGUGGAAGGCUCUCGCUUUCAAAGCCAUUGACGGUAAUGAUUUAGAAGCAUAGUUAGAGGUAGUUAUGGCCCAAAACGAGCGCCUCCCAUCUCCCUAAAACAAGGGGUGUUUGCUUUUCAGCAUCAGGUAGCUACUGCAGCCCUCAAGCUUGCUUAGGCAGUAUGAGAAUGGGAGGAAGGCUAGAAGGGCUGAGAAAUGCAAAAAGCUCAGAAUAUUUAUAAAUUCCACCCCCAGAGUGGGGAGGGGUGGCUACCAGACCUGGACUAAGUUGUACCAAGGAAAUAGCCCGUGGGUUCCCCUGAGAGACAGGGACUGUGCAGCCCAGAGCCCCCAGCCAAUGUGCCCAGCAGACAGGCUAUAGGGAUCCUAGGCCUGUCCUUGCUGGCAAUGGCUCUGAGCUGCUGGUUUUUGUUGAUACAGGUAGGAUGGGACCCUUCAUUAAUAUUUGACUUUAUUAAGUUGGUAAGGAUAUAUUUUUUUUUGUCUAUGUUCUGUUUCAACUUAUGUAGAUUAUUAUAAAUUGAUGUAAACCAUGUGAGAGGAAAAUGUUAAUAAACUCAAAGCCCCAACAUUUGCACACAACUCA